AUGACUGCCCCGCUGCCAAAGCGUAUCAUCAAGGAGACGGAGAGGUUGCAGAGCGAGCCAGUGCCUGGAAUCUCUGCACAACCGCACGAUGACAAUGCACGGUACUUUGACGUGAUGGUGGAGGGCCCCGGUGGUAGCUGUUAUGAAGGUGGCAUCUUCAACCUUGAGCUUUUCCUCCCAGACGACUACCCAAUGUGCCCUCCGCGAAUACGCUUCCUUACCCGCAUCUACCACCCCAACAUUGAUCGGCUAGGCAGAAUAUGCUUGGAUGUUCUGAAGAACAACUGGUCACCCGCAUUGCAAAUUCGGACGAUCCUGCUCAGCAUACAGGCCUUGCUGGGUGCACCUAAUCCGGAGGAUCCCUUGAACGAGGCGGUGGCGAAGCAAUGGAAGGAGAACCAACCGGAAGCCAUUCGAACGGCGCGUGAGUGGACAAAGCUGUACGCGCAGAAGAAAUGA